GCCAAAAACGUUUGUUAGCUCCGGUAUUAGCCCAACCUCCGCCACCGCUAUGACUCUUAUGAUUCUCGCAUUGGAUCUGACGCAGUCGGAAUAACAAGGUCAGACGCGAUGGAAUAGAGAUUGCCCUCAAUUGCUUCAUUCCCAGAUUACUUUUCUGAAAUCAUUUCAAAUGGCUGAUAGCAAUGCUUCCUCUGGGUCACCUGAAGAAACUCAAAAUCCCAACCCAGAUGGGAAUGCACCUGCUGAGAGUGAUCUUGCAUUGGAUAGUCUAGCACAAAAAGUUCAAGAAUCUCUCUCUUUGGAAAAAAAACAUAAAUUUUGGGAAACCCAACCUGUUGGGCAGUUCAAGGAUUUAGGAGACACCAGUUUGCCAGAAGGUCCUAUUGAGCCUCCAACCCCCUUAUCUGAGGUCAAACAGGAACCGUACAACCUUCCCAACCUCUAUGAAUGGUUUACUUGUGACAUCAACUCUGAGCAGAUUUGUGAUGAGGUAUACAACCUUCUUGCCAAUAAUUAUGUUGAAGAUUAUGAGAAUAUGUUUAGAUUUAACUAUUCAAAGGAGUUUCUGCGCUGGGCACUCCAACCUCCUGGGUAUUUCAAGAGUUGGCAUAUUGGUGUCCGUGUUAAAAGUUCCAAGAAGAUGGUUGCCUUUAUAACAGGUAUUCCUUCUAGAAUUCGAGUCCGUGAUGAGGUUGUUAAUAUGGCUGAGAUUAAUUUUCUGUGUGUUCAUAAGAAGCUUCGAACAAAGAGGCUUGCUCCUGUCAUGAUCAAAGAGGUGACCAGGAGGGUGCACUUGGAGAAUAUGUGGCAGGCAGCCUACACUGCUGGAGUGGUUCUUCCUACACCUAUAGCAAAUUGUCAAUACUGGCACAGAUCUCUGAAUCCCAAGAAGCUAAUUGAUGUUGGUUUCUCUAGGCUUGGUGCGCGGAUGACAAUGAGUCGAACCAUCAAGCUUUAUAAGCUACCAGAAUCAACAGUCACCCCAGGGUUUAGAAAGAUGGAAAUUCAUGAUGUUCCUGCAGUAACAAGGCUAAUUAGGAAUUACUUGAGCUCUUUUGUUGUUGCGCCUGAUUUUGAUGAAAAUGAUGUGGAGCACUGGCUUCUUCCAAGGGAGAAUGUUGUUGAUAGUUAUCUGGUUGAAAGUCCUGAAACUCAUGAGGUCACUGACUUUUGUAGUUUUUACACACUUCCUUCUACCAUCCUUGGCAACCAAAAUUAUUCAGUCUUGAAAGCAGCGUAUUCGUUUUAUAAUGUUUCGACAGCUACCCCUUUGCUUCAGCUGAUGAAUGAUGCCCUAAUUGUAGCAAAGCAGAAGGAUUUUGAUGUUUUCAAUGCAUUGGAUGUCAUGCAGAAUGAAACCUUCUUGAAGGAACUUAAGUUUGGACCAGGUGAUGGGAAACUUCAUUAUUAUCUUUACAACUACCGAAUUAAGCAGGAAUUGAAGCCGUCAGAGCUUGGGCUUGUGCUUCUGUAGUCUAAAUUUUGGUAAUUUGUCACAGGUAUGGAUGAAUUAGGAAUCAUAAUGGUUUUUCUGAUGGACUUUGUAGGGUUGCAUAUUAUGUGGUGGAUCUGGUUAGACCUUAAAUUUUGCUUUUCCUUUUGAACAAACAAAUUUUUUGAAUUAUUCUUGGAGGCAAUUCUGUAAUGUCUGUGUCUCUGUGAUGCCAAACCCUUAAAACUUCAGGAUUGCCAAUUCCUGUUUGCAGUUUUUUUUUUAUCAUGCUGAUGUUGGUCUUUUGAAAUUUAAAUGUUUUUCCUUA